UAUAUAUUCGUACACCUGGUUAGCAAAAAAAAAUAAUACUUAAAAUGGUUACCUGGUUUAUCAAUUUAUGAAAAUUCGGCAUUGAAAAUGGCGCCAUACAUGUGUUGAUACGGCAAAUGGUACCAGGGGCUUCACCGUCCGGAUGUGUGAUAUUUGUUCUCAACUUUUAAAAGCCAGUAUUUAUCGACAGGUCUGCUAGUCGUAUAGGUCUUCUCGAUUCAGACUCGCCUGCCAUAUCUACGGUUGUUAAUUGCACAAGAUGAGAGUUACUCCGUGGACUUAAAAGACUCUCUGUCCCAAAAAACAGCAACUUAGAACCCUUUCUGCUCAGAGAACAGUCUUUGGAUUAUACUUUCUAAGUGGAUGUGUGCCGUUGAGAGGAAGAAAAAAAAUUGUUUCUGUGAAGUCAAGUGAUGCCGUUCUUGUAAUGGAAUUUGGUGUAAAAGCCUUUUCAUGAUACGGAGAGUUAUUAUAAGAAAAAGAUUCAAUCGAUAGGCCCGGAGAACCAAGAACCACGUACGAAUUGAGACGGAGGAAUGCAAAAAAUUACGACCAGUUAAUGCGCUACCUCCCGGACUACUGGAAGCCGGAAACGUGAAGGGGCUCAUGGGUCUUAUUGGUACAGGUAGAAUCGGGACUACACACUUAUGAUCUCUAAUUGACCACGGAACAUCUAAACUCUAAGAUUUGGGAUUUCACAACAUGGAGAAAAUAAUAAUUUUUCGAAUUAAGAAAUUUGAAUUUAGUCCAGGAUCUCCUAUCUCUGAUUACAUAGUGUGGAACGACAUCAACCGAGCUUUACAAAAUGGCGUCUCCACAAACAGCAGACGAUCAUGAAUCGUUUGCUGCAGCCCAAAAAUGACUCUGUGGACCGCCAGGCCACAUUUGAAACCGAUUCCACGCAGGCACAUAGGUCACGUAGCGGAGGAAUCAAAAGAGGGACCCUUGCUCUGCCUAUCGUAGGCAGUGAGAACUCUUUAAAAACCCCUCCCAUUAAAGAGAGAACAUUCGAGUCUGAAGAUCCUCACGUUCCUGACAACAAAAGGAAUAAGAUACAAAAACCAGAUCUCGUUGUCGGCAAAAAUGGAAUAAAUGUAAAAGAGAAUAGUAAAAAGGUAAAGGGGGUCAAAGAAAUAGUAAAGAACGAAAAAUCAGAACAAGGGGAGAAAAGGGAUAAAAUUAGUGAUAAACAAAGUAAGCAAACAGAAAUAUUGCCAAAUGAGGCAAAAACUUUGAACAAGAAUUCCAAGGGAAGGAAGCCUGUUACUUCAACAAAAUCAUUACCGUUUAAUCUUGAUAGUGAAGGAAACACCGAAAACAAAAUAUCAGAUCCAUCUGCAUCAAAAAAUAAAACAAAGGAAGAAACUCGACAGUCUAAACUACCUGAGCAGAAUUCAAAUGCUCCAAAGAAAUUAGAAACAAAAGAAAAGGGUGUUUACCAUCAGAAAGAUGAUUCAAAUGAUUCAGCAUCUAAAUCAAGUAGUGAAAAAGAACAAGUUGAAGUGAAAAAGAAAGAGACCAAAGUUAAUCCUGAAGCAAAAGACAUUAGAGAUAAAUCCCUAAACCGUCAGAGUAAAGCAGAAGAAACGAAAUCUGAUAAGAAUAAAGAAAAUCAAAGUUAUUCACGGAGUAAAAAGGAUACAGGUAAUAAAUUAGAAACUAUUUCUAAGGAUGAUCAGAAAACAACUAAAGAUGUAAGAGCCAAGAAUGUGUUAAAGCAAGAGUCUGAUAGUAAAAGUGAACAUUCGAAAUACCAAAAUAAAUCAAAGCCAAUCGGUGAAAAGAAACCGCCCAAACAAAAAGUGUAUGAAAACGAGGAACUUUCAAAGUCUAAAACUUCUGUUCCUAAAAGUGCUGAAUCUGACGAAGAUACAAUAUCCAUAGACUUGCUUCAAUUCGAGGGCGAAAAUUCCCAUCUCCCCCCUACAAGCACCGCUCUUAAAGAUAGACAAUUGGAUUACAAUCUUCAAAUUGACAGUUUUAAAAGUGUCCCUAAGGAUUCUCAAUCUGCAGAAAAUGGAGUGAAAAAAGAUUCAAAACCAACUGAGACUUUUAAAAGUGUUCCCAAGGAUUUUGAAUCUGCCGGAAACGGGGUUAAAAAAGAUUCAAAAACUGCAUUACAUACGGAAAAGGAGGACAAGAAUACAAAAAGAGUUAAUGCACGAAACAAGGACAAAACCAUUGUUGCCCCUAGUCUAACAGAAGACCACACUGAGAGUGAUACAAGUAGUGUAAAACUUAAGUCCAUACAAAACAGUAGUAAUAAAUCCCUUCAAAAUCUCGAAAGUGAACAUUUAAGUGAAACGGACACUGAAAUUGUGACUGAAAAAAAUAGUUCUAUAAAUCCAAACAAAUCCAAUUCAUCUGAUACUAGGAGUAUAACAUCUUCAAUUAACUCCGAAUGUAGAGAUAGUUCUGAUUCCGCUUCAAAACAUACUCAGGAACAUUCUGUGUCGUUAUCUCAUAAGGGAAAAGAUUCCCCCGGAAAGGAAUCUCAGUAUAGUCCAUCGAAAGAAGAAGCAAGAAAGGAACGAUCACUUUCUCCAGAAAAACAAACACAGACCUCUGAUAAACGCCCAGUUCGACUGCAAUCGCCAGACAUCGACCGUUACGAAAACUUGGAGAGAUCCGACCCCUAUACAAUGGAGCCAUCCAAGAGCAGACAGCCAGGGGCUGAGAGAAUGACCGAGUCUUAUGAGUCGGUUUAUGCGGAGCGAAAAACUCUAUUGGAUGCCGAGGUUACAUACAAAAGGAGAAUAAAGCAGCUUGAAGAUGAACUUAACCAGUUUCUCCGUACAAUUGAAGAUCUGCGUGCGGAAAACAAAGCGCUCAGAUCUCGCAUUGACGACCUGGAAUCUAAACCAACGUCGAAUGACCAUGAAAAUGUAAGCCAUCAAAGUAAAACUACGGUCGUAAUUGAUACAGAAAAAAUUGGCCUAGAGGCAAGAAUUGAAGACCUUGAAAAAAGAAACAAAGAUCUUGAACAACAGCGGACAGAAAUCAGUGCUAGAGCGCGGUUAGCUGUUUCUGAAAAAGAAUCAUUGUCGGAGACUAACGAGGAGUUAAAGAAAAGAAUAGAAGACUUAGAGAAGGAAAAGGAGAAAUUUGUAGCAACAACAUCGAACGACAAAGUCCAAAAAGAACUAGAAAAGUCAGAAGUCGAAGAUCUCAAAAAUGUGAAGUCAGAACUCGAUUCAUUAAAGAAAGAAUGCGAGAAUCUCAGAAAGGAAAAUGAAAAAUACAAAAGACUUGAGAAUCUACAUUCUGAUGAGAUUGAAAAGCUUAAGCAACAAGUCGUAGAUGCAAAAGUUGAAAGCAAAAAGAUGGAGGUGGAAAUGGAAAAGUAUCGAGAAUUAACUACUCCUCGAGCAGAAGGUGUGAAAUCUCCAAAUACGGAAAAGAUGGAAUUGAAAGCCCAAAUAAUUGGUUUACAGACGGACAAUCAAUCUUUGAAUGAAGAAAUAAUAAAACUUAAAGCUGAACAUCUUGGUACGCUGAAGAAACUGCAUGAUUUAGAGAAAACAGCAACCUCAUUUCAGAGCAGCGUGACUGCUGUUGAAUCUGAAAAACUCACCGAAAUUCAAACUCUUCAGAACGAAAAUUCAAAAUUACAAACAGAAAACAAGACUUUACAAGAAGCACUGGUACAAAAGAAAACGGAACUUCAGGAACUUAUGGUUGUCAUGAAAGACGAAGACAAAUUUGAUACGGAAAUCAAAGAACUUAAUGACGAUAAACUCAAACUUACGAAGACAAUAGAGGAGAAAGACGAAGAAAACCAAAACCUGAAGAAAGAAAUCGACGAACUUAAAAGAAAACAUGAUGAAUUCGAAAAACAAAAUAAGACGUCUCAAAGCAAUAUUGAGAGUUUGGCAAAGCUAAAUGAGACAAGAAAAGUAGAGAUAACAGAAUUGCAGAAAAAGUUAGAAGAAUCCAAGGCUGAAACUGAAGAGGAAAAGGGCAAACUAGCCAAUUUAGCGAAAGCAGAAAAAGACAUCGAGGAAGCUAAAUCAAGGGCUAGUAAACUCGAGAAAGAUUUAGAAAAUGAGCGCAUUAAGAAUUCGAAACUCUUAGAGGAAGUAAAAGCUAAACACGAAAAAGAAAUAAAAGACUUAAACGAAACACAUGAACAGGAAAGUGAGGAAUGGAGAAAGAGAUAUAUUGAACUCGAAAAAGAAAACCAAGAAGAAAUUCGCCUUCUUAAGCUCGAAAUCGAACGCUUAAAGGCAGAACUCGAAAAGAUGAAUAGCUUAAAAUCAGCUGUGAAGGAAUUGGAAGAGGCAAAAACUGAGAUUAUGACCCUUCAAAACAAAUAUUCACAAGUAGUGAAGGAUCUGGAAGAAAGGUCGCAAGUGGAGCAGCGUAACUUUGAGCUCUCUCUGAAAAUAGAUGUUCUAAAUAAGAAAAUAAAACAACUUGAAAAGGAAAACAAGGAACUGCAAGUUCAAAGUGAUAACGCAAACGACAUUGACUCCAGUGCCAAACGUCUAGCAGAAGAAAAUAAGCGUCUCCGGGAAAUUGUUGAUAAAGCACACCUCAACACAAAAAUAGAGGUUUUGGAAAGGAAACAAAAAGAUAACGAAACUCGGGUAAAGCAACUUGAAGGAUGGGUGGGGGAUUUAUACGAGGAACCACCACGAGAGCCUAGCACUUACGCUGGGAAGCAUAGGGCUGAAAAGAAGAAAAAGCAGCCGUUUUCUAAGGCUGCUGUUCCUACUAUGUCAGAGAAGACAAACAAGAGACCGAGAAGUUUGGAGGAGGUAAACAUUAAAAUAGAGGAGGAUAAGAUGACCCAUUCCUCCACGCCUGCACUUCCUAAUAUAUUUGAACGAGACAAAAAUCAGCAGCUGUCGUUUGGUCUUGGGUAUAGUCAGAUUCAUAAGCGUAGGCUUAACGCAUCGAUAAAGACCAAAAAAUAAGCACAACCCCCAUGUGAUAUAUCGAUAAACGAAACACUGCAGGAAUUUCUAGCCAAGUGCGCACUCAAAACUGAUUACGCAAAUAGGUGUGAUACACUUGAAAUGACAAGUAUACUUUUCUAGCUGGCAAGGAAUUCUCAAAUUGAAAUGAAAAGAUGACAAAUUUGUGCUAUGCUAUGAAUUUGUAUAAUUUAUUCUGUCCAUUUAAAUCUGUGAUAAAAGAGACGUGAUCGAAGAUUAUUCUUUUCAUGUCGAACUCUUGCUGAGUAUGUAAAUAAUAUGCUUUGUUUAUAUUUAAAUAAAUUAUUGAUAUAAUUUAAA